GGCGCCGAAAGGACUGUUCAGAAUUUUUAUUCGUUCACCUCUCAUCAGACUGACCGUAAGCAAGGUAUGGGAGUGGGAAAGAGGAGGUUGAAAAGACACUGGAGCUCCCGAUGUAAAAAGGACUGCCGGCAAUAUGCGCCGGUGGAGCGAAUUACCGCAUCAGGAAGGUCUUCCACCGCACACAACCGCCCCAUGCGAGCAAACGACGAUGUAUAAGUAUCUCACCACCGGUGCCUGACAGACGUCACAAAACAUCGUAUAUCAUCAUAACACUUCGUCGCCAUCAGCUUCCAAAUCCCACCACAAUCAUGUCGAACACGAUCACCGUGACCCUACCCCAGCUAGCGAAGAUGAUCGACCACUCCCUCCUACACCCAACGAUGACAGAUGCCGACAUCCUAGCCGGCCUGAAGAUCGCCCGCGACAACCACGUGGCAACUGCCUGCGUCAAGCCCUACCUCAUUCCGCUAGCAAAGGAAGAGCUCGCCGGCUCGGACGUCCUAGUCUGCCCAGUCAUCGGCUUCCCGCACGGCAACAGCACCACGGAAAUCAAGGUCCUUGAAGCCACUGCUGCAGUGAAGGCGGGCGGAAAUGAGAUCGAUAUGGUCGUCAACGUCGGCAAGGUCCUCAGCGGGGACUGGGAGUACGUCACCGAGGAGAUCAGGCAGAUCAACGAAGCCGUAACCGCCAACGGCGCGAUCCUCAAAGUCAUCUUUGAGAAUGAUUACCUGCAAGCCGAGCAUAUUGCCCGGCUGUGUGAGGUCUGCACGCAGCUCGAUGUUGCCUUUGUCAAGACCUCGACAGGCUAUGGGUUUGUCAAGCAGAGCGAUGGCUCGUACAAUUACAAGGGUGCGACCGCUAAGGAUCUCAAGCUGAUGAGGGAGAAGAGUGGCGCGAAGGUACAGAUCAAGGCGGCGGGAGGCGUGAGAACAUUGGACGAUCUGCUGCAUGUGAUGAGCCUAGGCGUCACUCGCAUCGGUGCCACGGCGACGGUGGCGAUUCUCGAGGAGGCGAAGAAGCGUGGUAUUGGCAAUGAGCCCGUCGAAGUUGCUUUCAAGCCCAUGGUCGAGGAGGGAAGCACAGGUGGCUACUAGGAGUUUGUUAUGGCCUUUCUUCCUUCAUGUGUUAUAGGUGCAAGGUGAUUCGCGGGUAGUCUUCAUGUCGCUAUGGGUGUUUAACUUCUUCGCCAGCGAAUGCAUCAUUCUCAAGAUCCCACAUCCAUGUCUGCUCCAAGAUAGGGAAACCGUCUAAAGUUGGCGGCCACAGAAACGGGUUCUCUGCGGUUUCUUCGGCCCCUCCCUCAGGUUGGGGUGCAUAAGAUAGCAAUG